CUGCUUCACAAUACUAUGGAGAUGCAGGCAAGUAUUCCAAUCGGCAAAAACGAAGAAGCUAGCAAUGCAAUUGAUCGUGAGAGUGAUUUUCUCAAGUCGUUCCAGCACCCAAACGUUGUUCAGUUUUUGUCGACUGCCAAGCACCCCAAAUCAGGGAGUACAAUCCUCGUUGUUGAGCUGAUGGAUUGCAAUCUGAAAUCCUAUUUCUCCGGCCUUGAUGAAGAGUCCCUCACUAGCAAAUAUGAAAUUAGCCUCUCCAAAGACAUGGCUUGUGGUCUGGCCUACAUUCACAGCAAGCAGAUUAUCCAUCGUGACCUCUGUGGUGAUAACGUCUUGCUGAAGCUUACACGACCAGUGCCUGUCGCAAAGAUAUCCGACUUUGGCAUGUCACGGCUAUACGAUCCCUCCAAGCUUAGCCACACCCUCACAGCCAUUGGUCACCGUAUGGGGUAUCUACCUCUCGAGGCUAUUCGAUUGGACAAGGAUAAUUACGAUAAUAGCUUGGAUGUGUUCUCUCUUGGGGCGAUUAUGAUGCAGAUUGUUUGCAAGCUGAAGACGAUCAAAUCUGUGGAAGAUCGAUCAUUCCAUGUUGCCCAGAUACCUCACACACACAGGUUGAGGAAGCUUAUCGACAGUUGUUUGCAAGAAGACAUGAGGAGGAGACCAUCUGCCAGGGACAUCUAUACUUACCUGACAACAAGCUCGGACCCAGUGGAGGCAACAAAGAAGGAGUCAAAGGACCCUCAUCCAGUCAAGAAGGCACACAGUGAACAAAUUGAGCACAAAGAUGCUGAGCUGGUCAGGAGAGACGCCAUCAUUCAACAGCAGAGACAGGGUCCCCCUCCCAGAGAGUUGAGACCUCCACUCACUCUAAAAUGGAGAAUAGGAAAAGACAUGCCAAUCAAGAUGGGUACCACGGUACAGAGUGUUGUUAUCGGUGAGACCGGUGUAUGUUGGUGGAGGUAGUGCAGACAAUGAUCGUGACAUGUGUACAGUGAUGAAGCUCGAGCAAGAUCAAUGGACCAAACUACCAGAGUACACUGCCAGGUUCUUUGCUAUGACAUCACUCGCUAAUCGACUAGUGCUGGUGGGAGGACGUGAUCCAAGAAACAAAAAACGCAUCAAUCAACUUGCAGUGUUUGAGUCAGAGGAAUGGCCUCACCCGUACCCACCAAUGAACAUUGCUCGCCAUUCCUCAACAGCUGUCUCCUUCAACAACUACAUCAUUGUAGCUGGUGGGCGUGAUGAUAAAGAACGUACCCUCUCCUCUGUGGAGUUGUUGGACGUGGCAUCAAGAAGAUGGCACAUUGCUCAGUCACUACCUAACCCACGAUUAGAUCUGAAAUCAACUCUCAUACGAAACAUCCUCUACCUAAUGGGAGGGGUGGAUCACACUAAGAGGGCAA